AUGAACUCAAACCCGUACUGGUCCGGUUCGCAGCCCACCAGCAGCAGCACUGCAAGCUUCCGUCGCAGUGGUAGUGAGAGAUCCUAUCACUCGCAAAGCACAGCGCCUACAGAACACCACGACCGCCCAGCAGCGCGACACUACGAAACCUGCUAUGGUAGGCUCGAAGGUCACCGGAACUUUGAGUGCGAAGUUCCGACCGACGAGUACGAUGUGGACUACUACGACGAUCCGCGAACAUCGGUAGAGACCUAUGCUUCGACGAUACCUUCAGAAGACGAGCCGGACAUCGCACAUGAUGCCUGUCCAGAUUUCGAGGUACCUGAACAGCAUCCGGAACCCUUUCCUAUCGACGCUCUUCCAGCAACACCGAGAGACUUCGCAGAAUUGUUUCCGUCCUCGCGCCGCCUUUUGAUUCGCCAUGACGAUUCAACGAUUGAUGGAAACAAGAACCUGCGGAUCGACACCCAAGUUGAUACAAUGUCGGGAAGGGUGCAAAACUUGACACUUUUCCAUCUCCGCAUGCACGACCUGAAGGACCGCGAGUUCUCAUUGCGCCGGUAUUGUCGGGACUCGGGGAGGGAGGUCUGCCACUCGGUGGGAAAGCAUCACAAAGCUGCCGCGGAGAAAAGGCCCGGCCUUCAGAGGUCGCUGAGUAGCGCAUUGGCGACGCUAUUGAACAAGCCUGACUCUAAGAGCUCGAGCAGUCCUGGAAUCAAGCGAUCAGACUCUGGCUAUAACUCGAUGAAUGGCGAGGAGGACAGUGAGGCGAGUAUCAAGCCAGUCACCUUGCGAAAAGGUCAUCCACAAACACCAACAAACACGAUAAAAUUAGAGUUCUCAAACUAUGCGCACGUGGAGGUCAAGCGCCAAGGUGCAAAGUCCAAUAAGCGGUACGAGUUCGAGUACUGGGGCACGAAUUACGCCUGGCGACGAGUGGUGAAGCUGGACGGUCAUCACGAGCAAGCCUCCUUUCACCUCACCAGGAGUGAUAGCGAAGCAGCGCUUGCUCACAUCGUCCCCGCAGCCCUUACCCGGGCUCAAUUACAGGAUGAAGCUGUGAAGGGCGGCUGGAUACCGCCCUGCUCAAUGUGGAUCAGUGACAGGAGGAUCAUCGGCGGUCUAACAGACAUAUCCGAUGUUGUGGUAGCUUCCGGACUCAUCGCGCUUGUGGAUGACUGCAUCAGGAGACGCUUCCAUUCCGAGAAGUCGACGCAGCUGAUGAUUCCGCUUUCGAGAAACUCCUCGUUCAAGAUGGAGUACAUUGGUCCGAAGCGCCUGAUCGACGAAGUCUUCAACCGUGCCACUUCCAGCCGGCGACCGACCCUGCCACGUCGCACAUCACAUAGAACGUGA